GUCCCAUUGUCGUGAGCCCUUCAUAUAAAAGGGGCUUCCGGCAGGUUGGAUGCUCGUACAGUAGGAGCCUUGUUUGUCACCCUUGUCGUUUACACUGUACCCUUGGUUAACCGCCAUUGUCCAGUCAAGCCUCAUUAAUGUGGAGAACUGAUAUGAAUGAAGAGGGACCGAGGCUUCCUCCUCUCCCCUCCCAUGGCCGUCUGUCUUUCUCCCCCGGAAAGGAAGUGACCUGCUUGUCGCAGCAGGAAUCAGGCCAUGGCUACACAGCGGGACACAGCACAAGUUUUUGUUUAUAUCCUCUGCACAUGCUCACACACACACGUCGAGCUGCCCCUACAGAGUUCACUUGGUAUUACCUUGGUCAAUAAUGACCUCCGAGGAGCUAAAUGUCUCCAAUGCAUUUUAGUCACUGGGUAAACGCAGUUCUUUAAAGUUCUGCAGAUUAAAAAACCGUCUUGGUUGGCAGUCUGGAGCAAAAGCAAAACGCCUUUAGAAAGGAGAAAGGAAAUUCUCUGCAGACGAUUGAAUUUGGUCCUCAAUUUGAGGAGUGAACAACAACAACACAACAAAAAAAAAAAUCAAGAAUUAAAAAGUUGUUUAAAAAAAACAGCGACUUUACAAAACCUCAAAUGUGUCAAAGGCUAUUAAAUUUACCCAAUAGAUUAAUGCACCUCUCUCCUGGCACCCCGCCCCCACUUCCUACAGCACUCCACACCUCCCCUUUCCCAUUUCUAUGCAAGUCUGCUCACUGCCCACUAUAAAUACAUCUAUUCUGACAACAUCUCCUCCACUCCAACCCAGAGAUCAUCAUGAGUUCCUGAUUUCUCCCCGUUUUCUCAUUUCUAGUACAGCAUAUUCUACAUCACAGACCUUAUGAACCAUAAUGUCCCCCCGUUUAGCUCUUUUGCUCUUCCUCCUCCUCCUCCUGCUGCUGCUCGCUGGGCCCGGCACACCAGCGAGUCCUGGCAGAGGCCGGGCACAGCUGGACGGACGCGUGAGGACAGACGACGCGGGUCGAUCUCUACUUAGGGAACAGGGCAGAGGCCUGACGGGCGAGGACGGCAGGACAGAAACUGGAUUUGGAGAUUCUCGUUCUUCAAAACGAGGGCCGACAGCAGCGGACAAAGACGGAGAAGGGUGGGGAGAGCCCGGUACUCCGUCUAACUCUAGAGCCACACAUUUAAUCAGCAGUAAACUUUGGGAGCCCCGCAUCUCUUCUCGGUGCGUGCCGGUCCCUUCCGGCAUGGCCUUGUGCCACGACAUUGGCUACGACACCAUGCGGAUCCCGAACCUGCUGGGCCACGAUUCUCCAGCUGAGGCGGUCCAGCAGAGCGCCAGCUGGUUACCGCUGCUCGCCAGAGAGUGCCAUCCUGACGCCCGCAUCUUCCUCUGCUCUCUCUUCGCGCCAAUCUGCCUCGACAGGUUUAUCUCCCCCUGCAAAAGUCUGUGUGAAUCCGUGCGGGACAGCUGUGCGCCGAUCAUGAGCUGCUACGGCUACCCCUGGCCUGAAAUCCUGCGCUGCGACCAGUACCCCGCCGACCACCUCGUGUGCAUCUCCUCGGUCACCAACACAACUGUUUACACGGGAGCCCGCGGAGUGCCUCAGGCAAGCUGCCGGGACUGCGAGCUGGAGGAGUCCUCCUCCUCUAAAGAGACACUGGAGACCUUUUGUCGGAGUGAUUUUGUUGUGAAGCUGCGUCUGACGAGGCUCAAGUACAGUCCGGUGAGCCUGUCGCAGUUCUCGCUGGCGGCUAAGCUGGACGUCUUAAAGCGGGGCCCCCUGUUGGGCGGGCACAUUCGCUCACGGAUCGAGCUGUGGCUGGAGAGAGACGCCACAUGCGUGCGGAACAUGACCCGACGGCAUCCCCGGGGCGGCACCUUCCUGGUGACGGGGACGGUCCAGGGGGAGCGGCUGGUGGUCAACAAGGCUUACGCUUGGCCAAAACGGGACAGAAACCUGGCUGCAGCCGUGCGCAAGUGGAAAAGUCACAGAUGCAGGAACUGACGUCUUGAAGCGUGAGAGCAACCAUUGUUAUGGGGGGGGGGGGGGGG